AUGGCUGACGCCUUCUCAUAUAUUCCCUCGAGAUUUGCUUUUACAUGCCGCAACUGCGACAGACGUUUCGCCUUGUGGAAAGGGCUGUGCCAGCACGCCGACGCCCGGAACCACACGCCUAUGCAAUUCGACUGUCGCUGCUGCAACACCACCUCACCCAGCGCCGAAGAUCGCCGGGCUCACGAGGCGAAGGAGCAUAACCACUGCGCCGACUGUAAUCGGGGCUUCCAGAACGCGAAUAACCUCAGGAUGCACAUGCACUCGCGCACGCACCGAGGCGCAGGCCUAAACUGCCCCUUCUGCAAAAAGGGCUUCACGUCGGCGACGGGGCUGGCGCACCACCUGGAAGGGGCGCGGUGUCCGGCCGCCUCGGGCCUCGACCGCGACGCCGUGUACCGCGCCGUGCGGUCCAAGGACCCGGACGGCGUGCUGGCCAAGAAGCUGCUCGGCUGGCACGGGUCGCCCUCCUACGAGGCCGGCCCCAACUCCUGGAACGGAGAUGCCUGGGAAUGCUACCUGUGCCACCGCGAUUUCGUGAGCUUGAAGGGCUUGAAUUCGCAUUUGAAUUCUGUUGCUCUGAACCACCUCGAGAGCGAGAGUUGCGGCUUCUCGCGUUUCGAGGCCGUGCAGAACACCGUGAGCGACAUCGUCAGCGGCGAUCGACGCCUCACCUUUGGGUAA